CCAUUCCGUGGUCGCCCCACUCUCCUCGAAGUCUUAAUUUAUAAUAUUAUAACGAUAUAUAUUGCAGAGUUGCCCCCCCUCUAAAGCCAAUCAACUACGAAAACGUUUCAGCUUUGUAAUAUGUAGGCAGCUUAAUAUUCUCAUUAGCACUUGCAAGUCUGGCUAUAAUCUUCACCUGUCCUGUAUUGAAAUCGUUUAGACGAACGGCAUGGGUCGUGAAUUUGCCCGUAUGCCUAUAACACCAACAUCCAGUUUUACCGGAACGCAAAAUCUAGCACAGAUUGACAGACAGCCCAUAACACUAGCAGUCAUUGCACAUUCGAAGCGUGUUCAGCCGACGCUCGCCAACUAGCUCAGCUCCGCUGCGCUCUCUUUAAAAGCAGCUUCCCUCUCCGCUCUGGCUGUAAGGUCCAAUGAAGUCUCUUCUCGUUCGUCUCUUGUCGGGCACCCGCAGCAGCAGUUUACGUUGAGCGCCCGAGGGGAGUGGUGGUGUGAUCCGUCGUGACUCCGCCGUGCUUGUGCUGUUGUACCCCGUUGCGUUCUUUGUGUGUGUGUGCUUGUCUGUGCUGGUUGUUUUUCUCGGCCAUCUACUGAAACUGUUCCCCCGACUUUCUUUAGCCCCUCGUGAGCCCCCGAGAGCCGUUGUCAGAAGCGUUCGUUGGCGGCUGGAACCACCUCCUUGUGAGUGCCAAGGCUGGCACUUUCCCCGCGGAGUGCCGCCCGCCCUAAGAUGCUAUAGUUUGUCCGGCUGUGAGCCGUCUAGCGAGCCAGGCGCUAGAGAACGAUGAAAGCGAAUGAAUGUGAGUCGUCGAACAAGCAGAAUGCAAUAUAGGCUUUAAACGACGAGAGUCAAGUGUAGUGGCCGGCCGCUUAAAACCGGCCGAGUUACGAAUUAGCCACUGAGUGCGUCUGUAUAUGAUGAAAGAGAAAAUCUAGAUAGCAAUCGAAUCCGGUCGAGUUCGUCGAGGGACAGUAACCCCCCAUACAGAAACAGGCGAGCUGGGGUCUCUCCACGAUGGACCCGAUUGGCCCUGGAACUUAGUAUAUCGAGCAGAAGAAAUGAGAAAUUUAUCAUCAAAGAUAAAAGAGAGCAAUGGCAACAUACUAGUCGCGUUUGUGUGUUUAAGUUGUGUCUGUGUCUAUGAUCGCUUGAUGUCGCAUCGCGAUGCUAGUUCUUCUGUGCUGAUGGCACUGUAUUACGCGGUUGAGGGCUUUGUUUCAGCUGUUGGUGAACGUAGUGAGUAAUCGUUUAAAUAGUAGCAGUAGCAUUUGUGAGGCAGUUCGUGUUCAAAGCGGCCGCAUAGGACCGUCGCUCGUCGUCGUUCGCAGCCCAUGCCCCGUGGAUCUCUAUAUCCGUUCGUCGCUCCAGUAGUGCCUGCCUGCGUGUGUAUCUGUGUGUGUGCGUGCUAUCGUGACGGUGCCGUAUAGCGACCGCUGCCACCACCGUAAAAGAAUGGAAUGCCCACCUUUUUCUACUACCUAACUUUAUUUCACGGCUACAACUUAACUACUGAGAGCCGUUAAAAUUCGCACUGCAACUCCAGUUUUUGAAUAUCAAAAGGUACAUAACACAGACUUCUACAUUUAUACAACAAAAAUCAUAUGCUAGUGAGGCAGUAUGUAGAAGACGAAGUCGGUAGAGUUUAAUAAUUUCGAAAAAGGAAGCAAGACGAAGUAAAACGGGACUGCAACAGUACACAUCUGCUAGCGUUCACCAGGAGUGUUUAUUACUCCCUAGAGCACCAAUAAGCCACAAUAGCUAAUACCGACCUGGCAAUCUUUUUCAUCAUCAAAUAUCGCUCUGCCAGGCUCUCUCCUCCGUAGAAUUCGAGUUCUUCGCCGUACUGAUAGCGAUACGCUAUUAUUUUCCGCACUAUCGUCGCCGUUGUUAUGCACAACACAGUUCUAGCGGAACAACAGAGAAACAGACCCCUUGCUCUUUAAACGGGUCGUUUUUUCUGCUCGCUAUCGCAGCCUCGGUAACGAUUUUCUCCGCAGUGUCUCGUGACACUGUAUUACAGCACGGUAGUACCGCUGUUCGUACUACCGCUUUCCGCUGUUGUAGGUUCGUAGUCUGAUGGUCAGCCUGUUUGUUCCAGUUUUCAUUUUCUUCCAGUAUUUAGUCUACGUGUGUUUGUGGCUGUUAUCUGUCACUAGAGCUGUUGGUGCCCAACGGGCCCGCGCCCCGUGUGCAGCACCGGAGGGAGUUUCGAGUAGUGGGUGCAAUGUGUCCCUGCCACUACGACGUCUUGCGUUGUUCUAGUAGCUGUUGUUGUUGUUCGGCUAGCCGCUGGCGGGAGGCCAGCCACUGCCUACUGCUGUUGCCGCUGGGGGCCGCCACCAAUUCCGCCCACACCGCCACCGUCACUGCCACCUCUGUUCGAGCUUCUGCCAUCUCGGCCGCCGCGAACACAGCCACUUUGCCGCCGUCACCGCAGGCGCUGGAAUCGCCGAGCGCGAGAUCGUUCGUUCUUGCCACUUGUGUCGCCUCUGCUGCUGGCAGCACACGUUGUGGUGCUGCUAUACGUACUACUGCUGCUGCCGCUGCUGCUAUUGCUGCUACAACGAUCCCUUCUUCCACGACGGGCGGAAUCGUUGGGUUUUAGUCUUGUUCGGACCGGGUCUCGGUCCAUUUCGAAGGGCCCGUGCUGCUGCACUCAGAGCACUGCUGUUAGAGUAGUUGUGUUGUUAUUGGGUUGGUUGACGCCGUUAAGCUACUGCUGCUGCUGCUGCUGCUCAGCCAGCAGCAGCUUCCAUUAACCACCAGCAGCACCGUUGCUCCUGCCUGGAUUGCUGACCACGCGCCGUUUACUGUCCGGCUAACCAACUGGCGAACUUCACUAGUUGGUAACUGGUGAGUGCGCGACUACUCGGUCAGUAUUGCUGCAGUGAAUAAAACAGCAAAGCAACAAUAGCAACAACCUAAGCAACACUAAAAUACUAUAUCACAAGAUAUAAGCCAGCCUGUGAUAGAGCACCGUCCGUAGCAAGAAGAUCAUAGUUGCAGUACUAACAGAAGUAUCCAUAUAUAAAUAUACGGACAGGUAAACAACAAAACGACGACGCCGGAGACAUUUGAGUUAACGCGCUGACUGACUUCAACGACGCGACAAUGCGUGGAUGAACUCUCUGAACAAACGCUAAACUUCCCCACGAACAAACGCUAACAAGCCAGUCAACCAGCGGACCUUACAGAGAGCGCUGCUUUAAGCUGUUCGAGUUGCCACAGAACGCCAACGAAAAGUUCUCGCAAAACAUGAAAAAGUCAUAUUAAUAAUAAUAACAACCAUUGUUGUCGUAGUAUUGGUAGCAGGAAAAAAUAGACAAAUCAAAUUGGAGAAAAGCGAAUCAUCAGAUUUAGAAGGCGGCACAGGGACUUCCUUAUUAAUUCGAACGAGAAAAAUGCAGUCCGGCCAACUGCCCGCUGGAUAGACAACGAGGCAGCCGGUGGCCUUCCGUUGCGUUGACCUUCCCUGUGAAGAGACCCUGCUACCAGAUAAACUGGGACAAACUAGAGGCGGACGUCAAGAGACGUUAAUCCGGGAAAGACCCUGUUAGCCCCUGUAGCACAAGUCCCCCUCCCCCAAUCAACAUGAGCAUCGGCACAGUGGCCGUUUUUAACGACCUGUAGCCAGUUUUUCGCAUUUGUGGAAUCGCAUCUUAAGUGGUAGGGGAUUAGGGGUGGCUGAAGGUGCGAGUCCAGUAGCAACGACGAAUAGUGAUACGAAAGCAAGGCUAAAGGAUAAUUCAUAACAAAAAUUGGAAAAGCGUACCACCGUAAUAUAUCUUCGAGCCAGAGGGAAAGAGAGAGAGGCAGGGGGCGCGGUACUGAAUUGUGAAAAAUUACCCCACGGUUGCCACACCAACAGUGACCAUCUAUCUGCCUAUCAAUAUCGAUGUGCUUGCUCGUGAGUUGAAGAGGAAGAAGAAGUUAGAAAGUGUAAAAUAUCAACCACAAUGACGAUUAUUGUGUUUCUCGUCGACACGUCGGCGUCCAUGACCCAACGGACCUAUAUGGGCGCGCGCCUAUCAGUGCUCGACAUUGCCAAAGAUGCUGUGGAACGAUUUCUUAAGAUGCGACAAAAGGAUCAAGCAUCCCGACAGGAUCGAUACAUGCUGCUGACAUUCGAGGAAAGCCCAGCCAAUAUAAAGGCGGGCUGGAAAGAAAACCAUAUGACAUUCCUCUCGGAGUUGAAAAACCUUCAAGCGACAGGUCUUACGUCAACUGGAGGAGCCUUGAAGAAUGCCUUCGAUUUGCUAAACAUGAACCGAAUGCAGACAGGCAUUGACACCUAUGGCCAGGGAAGAUGUCCCUUCUACCUUGAGCCGAGUAUGAUUGUUGUGUUGACGGAUGGAAACAAAAUCACUUCGCAAUCAGGCGUACUAGAUCAAUUGAACCUACCCAUGCAUAGCCUUGUACCAGGGUCUGAGCUCACCAAGGAGCCCUUUCGGUGGGACCAGCGGAUAUUCUCACUUGUACUUCGUAUGGCCGGCACGCUUCCUCCUGUAGGAGGGCCAGAUGGUGUACCGCCACCUGACGUGGGCAAUCCGCUCAAUGACAUGUGUGAGGUUACCGGCGGCCGAUCUUACGCCAUCAACUCGCAGCGACAGCUGUUAAUGGCCAUUGAAAAUCUUGUGCAGUCAGUUCAGCCUGGUGUAGUGAUCAAUUUUGAAAAGUUCGGGCCUGAUCCACCGCCGCCAGUUGGGCAAGCGAAUGACAAUGACGAAAACGUCCUUCGUAACGGUGUAACGAAUCGUCCUUCACCAACUCCGUUCGGUUCGCAAUCAAAUUCGUCACAAAGCUCGACUGGAUCAACGAGCUCACAAUCGCCUCCGAGUCAGUUACCAGCCGAGAUUAAGGGCUGGCAAAGCUGUCGGAAGCUCAUCUACGUCCAACGAUCAGUCGUCAAGGGCUAUUCGGUGGGGCACUGGCCGUUGCCAGAAUCGUUCUGGCCGGAUCACAAUUCGCCGGCACUGCCUCCACGCACGGCGCAUCCCCUCGUCCGCUUUAUGUGCACCGAUGCUGAGCCGAUGGUCAUUGAAAGCUUGCCAUUCGAUAAAUACGAACUCGAGCCUAGCCCGCUGACACAGUUCAUUCUCGCCCGCAAACAGCCAACGGUUGCGUGGCAGGUGUUUGUGGCCAACUCCCAUAAAAAUUCCGACUUAGGCCAUCCUUUUGGCUACCUAAAGGCCAGCACGACGUUGACCUGCGUCAACCUGUUCGUGAUGCCCUACAAUUAUCCCGUCCUUCUUCCAUUGCUGGAUGAUCUAUUCAAGCAGCACCGUUUGAAACCGCCCCCAGAAUGGAGAGACAAAUUUCAGGAGUAUUUGCACAAUAUGCCUGUGUAUUACGCAGGUCCAUUGAAACGAGCCUUGCAACGGAUGGGGGCACCGAAUCUCGUACCAGAGCACUUGGAGGGCCAGUGUCUCAACUCGGCCGUGGUCACCCAGCUAAAAAAGCUGAAAAACCAGGCCAAGGCCGAGUUUGAGAAGCUAUGUUCCCUCGUCGGUAGCGGCAAACGGCCGUUAGCAGAAAGCAUGCGGGUCACACCGGGCGUUCAACGACCAUCGGGUGAGGUGCCGAAGUUGACGGAACUCAAGCUCACGUAUUCGCCUGCCUUGAAGGAUCGAUUCCUGUCAAUCCGCAGCGAGCUUAACGAUUUCAGUGGCUUUCAAAUCGCCGUACAGAAAAGUUCAUCGGUACGGAAAAGCGCUCCGCAAGGUGACAUGUUUCGAAAUCCGUUCGACAUCCCGCGCAGCCAGCUACUAAAUCAGAUCUGGCGAAUGAGGGCCAACCUUUUACAUCUCGGCACAAUUCGUCUUCAGGAUGACGAGGCGCUUCAUUCAUUACCAAUUGGCCAAAUGGGUAACUAUCAGGAACAUCUGAAACGGCAAACGCCGCCCCUGAGAGAAAUCGAGUCGACGCCAGUUCGACAACACAUGUUCGGCAAUCCUUUCAAAAUCGAUAAACGAAUGAUGGUCGACGAGGCGGAUGCUCCGGACCCACAGGUCGGACUGGCCAACUCCACUUCUGGCUCAGGGCCUGGCGCUGGGCCUAGCCGAAAACGACCGGCGGACCCACUGACAAAUCAGGGUCGACCAAAACGGAUUAAGGGACCGUUGCCCAAAGAUAUCACGUUAAGACCGAGAUCACCAUCCGUUGGCAGUUGCGGCAGUCUUUCACCACUACCUUCGCCCCCAGCAAAUCCACUCCCUCCGUCGCUUCUAGCUGGAUCUACGUUCAUUUCGGGUUCGACGCCGGCUGUGGCCGUCAUCGUCCGUUUGCAGGUGCCUUCGUCCAACGCCAUGGGGCUACAGCAGAGCGCGCCCGCAGGCCUCAUCAGCAUUCCGGGAACCAACGGUGAUGUUAAACCGCCGCCUUCCAAUAACAACAAUAUAGUCAAGCCUGAGUCAAUAGCUGUGGAAACAAACGGAUGUUCGCUUUCUACGGCGGUCGCCCCAGCGAGUGUGGCGUCAUCGCCGAGUGCCGCUCCCGUCCCGGUAGUCGUCUCACAGCACCCCCUCAUGCAACUUGUACAUACCACACAUCCUCAACCUCCUAGCCUAGGUGGCGGCGGUCCACAUGGACCGCUAACCAGUGGGGGUGCGCCUAUGUUGACCGGUGUAACCGGCGGCGGUCCUAACGCAAUAGUCAUGAGUGGGGAACUUAAUCUCGCGCAGGCAGGGCCUCCACCUAACGGCAACGUCGUGUUGCCGCCCCAGCAGCCGUUCGCGCGGAGUAAGAACAAAGGCAACAACAAACUAUUGAACGGCUUUUCUGACGACAGAAGAGAUAUCGUCAUGUUGAGUCGUGAAGAGUGUGAUCGAAUCACGAAGAAAGCUAUCAAAUGUAUACGACGACCAGGAAAAGACUUCAGUGAAUUGUUUGCCCUUCUAGCAGACGUCAGAGGCCAGCCUUCAUUUCCGGCUAUUGUUGAACGGCUCGUUAUUGAGGCUAACCGUUUCAAGCGAAAAAAUUUGGCAGACCAGCUGGCUCGCCAGUUGUCGCCAAUAGGCAGUUUCUGUAUUCCGCAAAACGCAUCUCAUCCCUCCAACAACAACAAUAACAACAACAAUGGCUCUUCGCUUUGGAGGAUGGCGGCCGCGCAAGGCGUGGUUAAAAGAUGAUCGCGAAAUGCCCUAUUAUUACCAAUUUAUAACAGCGAUUGAUCUUGGUUCCAAAGCGAUAUCAUCUUCCCUAACCAUCCUUAUAUUGCACGUUGGUCUUCAUGAUUUGAUCGUGAUAGCUAUCGAUCCCAUGCGAACAAAAAGCAGACGUAGGUUUAGACAAUGAGUCGAAACACAUCUUCGCAAGAAACACAAGUCUGACUCAUUGUGAACUGAUUCAAGAAAAGGAUCAAUCCAGUGGAGUAUAUAGUCGUACUUGCGUUUUUGUACAAAGAAGAACAAAGCAAUGUCUUUAUCGCAUCAACGGGAUAUAUAUAUAUAUAUAUAUAUAUAUAUGUACCACCAUUUUAUUUACGCCGUGUGUAUAUGUAUAUACAUACGACGUAGACGAAAUGAAGUGGUUGAUUAUUGGGUUCAUUAGUGAUGAGUGAGAAGCUAAACUGAAUGAAGAUUACAGAGAGAAGACAAAAUCCGAGUCAAAAAAGUGCAAAAAAGAAAUAUUGAACGAAAAGCUUACAUAAUAAGGGCAUCGAAGGGCACACGGUCACUGACAGCUCUUGAAUUUGCGAAAAAAAUUAUUAGCCUUUUUCUUUACCUAUAAAAACAAGCUCUGUUGACCUAGUAUACAAUUGAGGCAACCGAAGGAGCUCAGGAACUAGGUCCUUGAAAAAGGACAUAAAUCGAACCUCUCGAGCAUGUAGGACUUUCCGAGUAAUCGCUCUAAGAACGACCGUCCUACCUGCAAAAUCACACUUCUUGAGCUCUUCGCUACCGAAGGCGCACCAACAAGCGGCGACAAUAAUCGCUUAACCGAAAUAGUUAUAUAUUCUGCGAAUGUGAGAUGAUACAAGGAAAUAGUAAUCUAUGUAUAAAUAUUAUGUAUAAGUGUCAAAGAAUACAUUUUGAUGGACUACGAUCAGACAACAAAUUCGACAACUGAUCUAAUGAAUCGACUACGAUUAAAGAGUAAUAUUAUUCUUUAUCAUUAUAUUAAUAUACAAUUUAUGUAAUUUACUAAAUGAAUUGUCCGCAUGCGAAUCAUCCCCAGGAUGAUUCGUUAUUAUAAACAAGACGAGAAAAUGGCAUCAAUAAUUUAGCAGAAUACGUAGAGCGGACACCGAAUGUGCAAGGCAGGAAAAACACACUGCAACUGUUAAAACAACUUCAUACAACAGUAAAUAGGGCUUCAUAGGUAGAGUAAAGCAGUCAGCAAAGCGAGAUAAUAA